CCCAAAAACCCCCUGACUUUAUAAAUCCCCAUUUCUUCAUUUCCACUCUCUCGACAACUCCUCCCGCGAUCAUAACCCUAGACCAGUUGAGACCAUGUCGGAGGUUGAAAUCUCCCGCUCCGAGAAGAAGCACAAGAAGAAAUCCGGCACCGACGCCGACGCCGACGCCGACGCGACGACGGAGAAUGAUGCCACCGACGCCGGAGACUUCAUGAUCAAGCCGCAGAGCUUCACUCCCUCCAUCGACACGUCCCAGUGGCCUAUCCUCCUCAAGAACUACGACCGCCUCAACGUUCGGACCGGACACUACACUCCUCUCCCCUCCGGUUUCUCCCCCCUGAAACGGCCCUUGCAAGAGUACAUCAGGUACGGUGUCAUUAAUCUCGACAAACCCGCGAACCCUUCUUCCCAUGAGGUUGUUGCCUGGAUCAAACGUAUCCUCCGUGUGGAGAAGACGGGUCACAGUGGAACCCUUGAUCCCAAGGUCACUGGGAAUCUCAUUGUCUGCAUCGACCGAGCUACUCGGCUGGUGAAAUCGCAGCAAGGUGCGGGUAAAGAGUAUGUCUGUGUUGCUCGUUUGCACUCUGCUGUUCCUGAUGUUGCCAAGGUUGCUAGAGCCCUUGAAGCGCUCACCGGAGCUGUGUUUCAGCGGCCGCCUCUGAUCUCUGCCGUGAAAAGACAGCUUAGGAUCAGGACAAUAUACGAAAGCAAGCUGCUUGAGUAUGAUGCGGACAGGCAUUUGGUUGUUUUCUGGGUUUCCUGUGAGGCAGGUACGUAUAUCAGGACCAUGUGUGUUCAUUUGGGUCUGCUUCUAGGGGUUGGUGGGCAUAUGCAGGAGUUGAGGAGAGUGAGGUCUGGGAUUAUGGGUGAGAGAGAUAACAUGGUAACGAUGCAUGAUGUGAUGGAUGCUCAGUGGAUGUAUGAUAACUAUAGGGAUGAGACUUAUCUUAGGAGGGUCAUUAUGCCUCUGGAAGUGUUGUUGACUAGCUACAAGAGGCUCGUCGUGAAGGAUUCUGCCGUGAAUGCCAUUUGUUAUGGUGCUAAGCUGAUGAUUCCUGGUCUGUUGAGAUUUGAGAACGACAUUGAGGUUGGGGAAGAAGUUGUUCUUAUGACCACUAAAGGUGAAGCCAUAGCUAUAGGGAUUGCCGAAAUGACAACGGCCGUGAUGGCUACUUGUGAUCAUGGUGUGGUGGCUAAGAUAAAGCGGGUGGUGAUGGACAGGGACAUGUAUCCGAGGAAAUGGGGGUUGGGACCUAGGGCUUCGAUGAAGAAGAAGCUUAUUGCCGAUGGGAAGUUAGAUAAGCAUGGAAAGCCAAAUGAGAAAACUCCUCAAGAGUGGCUGAGGAAUGUGGUUUUGCCUCCAGGUGGGGAUGCUAUGGUUGCUGGUAUUGCUGCUGCUGCUCCAGAGAAGGAAACCACAGCUAUGGGGGAGGGUAAGAAGAAGAAGAAAGAGAAAAAGGUAGAGGAUGAGAAUGGCGAAGGUGGAGAAAAGCGUAAGCGUAAAUCGGAUGACAGCAGUGAUAGCCCUGCACCUGUCCCGGCUAAGAAAUCUAAAACCGAAGAAGCUGAGGAAGGAGAGAAAGUGAAGUCGAAGAAGUCAAAGGAAAAGGAGGAAGAUGAUGAACCCAAGUCUGACAAGAAGAAGAAGAAGAAGAAGAAAACGAAGGAUAAAGAAGAUGAGGAGCAGGAGACAGAGAAGGUGGAGAAGAAGGAGCACAAGAUCAAGGAAGAACCCUCGCCCAAGUCAGAUAAGAAGAAGAAGAAAAAGAAGAGCAAAGAGACAGAUGAAUCAGCUUCUGCUGCUGCUGCUGCAAAUGGCGAAGAUGAAUCAGCAGCAGAAAAGAGUGAGAAGAAGGAGAAGAAGAAGAAAAGGGACAAGAAGGAUGAAGAUGAAGAAUGAGAGAGAGGCUGUUCAAAUUUUGAAGUCAUGCAAGUUACCGUACCUAAUCCGGGAAAGUGAGACGAAAGGCGGCAUUGCUUGUAUUCUCAUGUCUCACUCCAUUCCAUUUAGACAAUUCCUCUGUGAUGUUUUCUACUGCAUUUGUUUUCUUCUCUCUAUGGCAAGUUCUGUUUCGGCAACGAUGAAAUGGCCCGGCCCAAUUAGAUUUCACCAUGUCAUAAUUGGGCCUCGUGGUCGUGGGUUUUUUUCUGGAUCGUAAGCCCAAUUGGUGUCUGACACUGUCAAUGGCGUUUCAUGUUUGGUUUGAAAUGAGGAAAUGUAGUGUACAUGCA